GAGAUUUGGACAUUUGAAUUAUUUAUUUAUCAUUUAAUACCAUUUGCAGUAGGUAUGUUACGUAUGUAUAUAUGUUUUUUGUUUAAAUUUGCUCUCAUUUGACCAAGUUAGUUACCUUUUACACCUCCUAAACAGACAAGUCAAAUUUAGAACCCUAAUUCCAUUAUCUCGUCUGCUCAUAUUUACACACUCACACACACACCCGCAUGUAUAUGUGUGUGUUUUCAUAUUUUGCACACACACAUAUAUAUAUACACACACACAUACAUAUUGAGAUAGAAAAAAGAGAAGUAGUGUGUAAAUGGAGAAGGCAAACAAUCAUAAGCUGAGAAACAAGAUUUUGAAGCUUCUGCCAAAGGCGAUUUCAUUCCAAAACAUCCCUUUCAGCCCGCGCCGCGACAGCCGGCCCGAUGCCGCCGCGCACAGCCGGCCCAGAGCCCAUCACAACAAGGCCUUCUCCGGCCCGAUGAUCCCGGCCGAGGCCCGGCGCAAGCUCAAGAGCCGCGAGACGUUCUCGCAAGAGCCCACCUCUCCGAAGGUCUCGUGCACGGGCCGGGUCAAGCACCGGGGCCGGGUUUCGGAGAAGAAGAAGAAGCCCGUUUCGUUGCCCAAGGAAUUCAAGCCCGUGGCCGAGGGCCCGGGCCCGAAGAAGAAGGCGGGGAUCAAGAAGUUUUUGGCGGGAGGGAGGAAGUGUGCUGAGCAGGCCGAUGAUCGGGCCGGGCCGGGCGACGGGAGCGCAGCCCCGAGCCUGGGCCAUAUGAGGAGGUUCGCCAGCAGCCGUGAGGCGUUCGCGAAUUUCGAUUGGACAGCGGCGCAGAUUGCGCCGGGGGAUUGCUCCGACGAUGAGAGGGGGUACAGCGACGGCGAUGAGGAGGAGGAGGAGUGCCGGAUACCUUUCUCGGCGCCGAUGAUGAUGAUGGCGGGAGGCGGGGAUUUGGAGCCGAAGAAGGAGAUUAAUUUGUGGAAGAGGAGGACUAUGGCUCAGCCUAGGAGUCUUGAGUUGAACAUGGAUGAAUAGCUACAGAUUAUAAUUAAUUAAUUAGGAUGAAAUUAUAUGGAUUGAUUUUUUUAAUUUUUUUGGUAGAUAAUACUCCUAUUUGAUUUUGUUGUUGUAGGUUCAUUCUGAAUUUGCAGAAAUCAUUUACUGUAAAUGAGGUAAAGUGGUAAAGAGACUUGUAUAUAUAUUUUUGGAAAUUAAACUGUUUUCAGGUGAA